AUGUUUGGUAGCGCCGGCCCAAAGUCACAUGUGAGCCUUUUGUCUGGAGCCCUCACAUACCCUGCAGAAGCCUGCUAUGCACAAGCAUCGGAAGGUAUGGCGUUUGUGUUUUUUUGUUGCGAUAGUUUGACAUCUUUACAUUUACAGUGUACAGCGUUUCACAGACAGUUUCUGUCGUUUGCGAGUUGUUGCAGCCGAAAGAGCGCGCUCAAAAGGCAACUUUGGCCAGGCGCAACUAUGGCACGACUCCGAUCGCGCAGGAAGUCAUCGGCUAUGCGGCAAAUUCGGCAAGAGGCGGACUUGGGAGAUGCCACGGCGGAGCAAGUGAAGCAGGCGUACAGAAAGCUGGCGCUGCAGCAUCACCCUGACAAAUGCGCAGAUGCCGCAGAGGCAGGAAGCAAGUUCGCCCGCAUCGCGCUGGCUUACGAGGUCCUGGGCAACGAGCAGCGGCGGAAGCGCUACGACCUCACGGGAGAGCUGCCGCAGGCAGACGCUGCAGCGGGCCGGUCAGCUCUGGAAACCUUCCUGCGCGAAUACAUGCGGGCAGCUCCCAAGACUGCCCGAGCUGCAACUCAGGCAGACUACUCACUCCACAGCCUGGACAAUUACGAGAUCCUGGAGGUAGACGGGCGAGACGUGCCGGAGUACAUGUGGGAGCCUGAGGUGAGCCUGCCUGCAGAAUGCGCCGGUGCUAUCUUGCGGAACGAGGCGGGUUGGGUUGCUGCGGGGGCCGCGCCCGGGCCUGGGCUUGUGCUCGCGGGCCAGUGGCGAACCCGCGGGCAGCGGCUUUUGGCGGAACUGAUGAUCCUCAAUGUGUCGAGUCAGCUGCAGGAGGACGCAGUGAACGACCUGCUGGUUGCCCUGGAAGUAUUUGAGAUGUGUGGCCGAAAGUCCAAGCUUGACAUGGGCGUUUCGAAAGGGCUUACGUUCCUCAUCAGGGACUGGGCUCACACGCCCGCAGAUGGCAUGGUGCGUGCCCAGGAGGACUACAUCCUGCAGACCUUUGCGAGUGGCAACCGCCUCAGCCGCUUCUUCAGCGACGUGAGCUGCCGGGUGUUGCCGCACCCGGGGCAAGCCAUCGACGCCCCGGGCUGGGAGGGUGACAGCGCCCAGCUGUCCAGGGAGUUCGUGGCCAGGUGCGAAGAGGUCUUCCGUGACCUCGCCAGAAGCGAAACCUUCAGCACGGACAGCUUCGCCGCUCGCCUCGAGCGCUGGGUGGCGGCUCUGAACAGCGCAAGCUGCAAAGCGGAGUACCACAGAACCUUUGCGGAGGCGCAAAGCCAGGUCAGCAGCCAGGAGGCGAUGGAGGAAGCCCGCGCCGUGUACAAGGCGCAAAUGCGCGAGCUGGGGGCGAUGCUGGGUCAGGGCGAAGCCUUGGACGCUGCGAAGACGCUUCUCGUGGACGAGGACUUGGUGGAAGCCCACCAGAUUGCCUGCAGGGCGGCGCACCAGGAGCUGUGGAGGAAGGCGCUCUUUGCGGAUGAGGGCGCUCGACGGCUCCUGGCCCAGCAGCUGCAGGAGCCGCUGGCCGUGGCGUUGCCAGAGCUCCAAGCGGCAAAUCAGCGCGCCAACCAGCGGCGCUUCAAUAGCCUGGCCCCGGCGGCGCUGGCGGCCGCAGCGGUGUUCGCCCUCAUUCCGCCAGCCGCGCCCAGCGUGGCAGCAGUCGUGCUGCCUGCCUUUGGGCUUCAAAUCCUGCGCUUCACAAACGCCGGUGGCGACUACGUGGCCAAUUCUAUCGAACUCCACAAAGAGAUGCUUCUCACUGGACGCUCAUGGGCCAAGGACCUGCAGAAGGAGUUCAGGGAGUUAGAGGCAUCGCAGAAGACUCCAAGUGCUAGAAAGUUGGACUAG